AUGUUCAACACCAUUUUGAUGAACGUGACAGAACUUCCUGACGUUCAGUUCCUUAUCAACCACAUAGAUGAACCCAGAGUCCUCGACCACUUUCAGGAGGGGAAGAUAAGUGUUGAGAACCAUAGCCACAGGAAUGUUUGGGAUAUAGUGACAAAAAACUGUGACUCUAUUCAUGGCGAGGCAAAAGAGGAAGAUGGUAUCGAAACCUUUGGGCUGCCAUUCGUUACCAAAGUCACGUCAAGUCAAGAUCUGUGUCAACAUCCUGAAUAUGAUGGCCAGCAUGGCCUCACUUCAAGUCCUGUCUCUUUCCGUCCGAUCAAAGGCCCACUACCCGUUCUCUCGACGGGUACACUAUCUACUAUGAGGGACAUUUUAUUCCCAAGCCCUGCAUAUACAGAGACCGAGUUCAUUUAUGACGAAACAUCAGAUGUUGAAUGGGAUCAGAAGCACAACAGUCUUUACUGGGCUGGGUCGACAACCGGAGGGUAUGCAACUGAUACAAAUUGGCAACACUUCCACCGGCAACGAUUUAUGGAACUAGCACAAAACUUACGAAAGAGGAACUACUACCUCAGAGUCAAAGAUGGUGUUGCCAAGCGUGUGACAUCUUCUUUUCUCAAUGGAAGACUAUUUAACGUCGCAUUUACCCGUAUCUUUCAGUGCGAACGAAAGUCUUGCAGGGAUCAAGAUACCUAUUUUGGGACAAAAUCAUGGGUUGACAAAGACGAAGCACUGAAAUCGAAACUCGCUUUUGAUAUUGAUGGUAAUGGUAUUAGCGGCCGGUUUUAUAAGUUGCUGGCUUCCAGAUCGGUGCCGCUAAAGCAGACACUUCUUCGAGAAUGGCAUGAUAACCGCCUUGUACCGUGGCUACACUAUGUGCCUGUUAGUCAGAGUAUGGAGGAGCUUCCCGAGUUGGUGUCUUAUCUGACACUAACGAAAUCUGGUCAAAAAAUUGCCAAGCAGAUUGCAUUCAACGGUCGGGAGUGGUAUGCAAGAGCGUUUCGUCAAGCUGAUCUCGGUCUGUACAUGUACAGGCUAUUGCUGGAAAUGGCAAGGCUUCAAGACCUAGAGCGAGCACCAGAUACCUAG